AUGGCCUUUCUACUUGACGUCCCAGUAGGUUACUCAAAAAACCCCAUUGAACCCCACCAUACACCUACAAAAAGCUUCACGCCCUCCCUUCUGCCGCCUUCGUCUUCUAUUCUAGACGGCUUACCCCACGAAAUCCGCUCUUUGGUGGCGGUUUACUUGAACCAACACGAUACGCUCAAUUUGGCAUUGACAUGCAAGGAACUAGCGGCUGCUUGUCUACCAAGAUUGUACCAUACGAUCAUUGUGGAUGCAAACUACACAGAAUUCAGCAAGGAGUACGACUUGUCGUCCACAUACAUCAAACUGCUGUACUCCUUCAAAAAGCUCAUUCAGCGCUACAACCAACAAUUCCCCAUUCACGUCAUUCUGGUAGUCAGCCUUCCGGACUCCACGAACAUCUACGAUAUCAGCGUAAACGAGCAGCUUCUCAGCUUCUUCCUGAGAUUGGAGCGCCUCCACUCUUUGUCGUGGCUUCUGGAUAACUUCAAGCUAGAGUACCUCAAACGGCUACCCAGCCAGGAACUGGUGCAACAGCUUGAUUUGAAUAUUAAGUUCUCGAACUACUUGGGGGAAUUGACCUCAGAUUGCCCGUAUUUCCGCUUCAACAACCUCAAGGAUUUCCAUAUUCGGCCCUUCUACAACCAGAGCAGACUCGUCAAGAUCAUCGAUAGCUUGCUUGUAUGCGCUGAUGCCAAUGCUGUCGAAAGAAACCUCCACAGUCUUCGUUUGUCCCGCUUUGACAAAGACACAAACGCAGUAUUGCCAUCACCAAGAGAACUCGACACCGCUCUAUGGGAAACGGCUGCACGAGAGGGCCUCUUUGCCUCUCAGGCUAGAGAAUACGAACUAGGUACCCUUCAAGCAGUCUUCAAAAAGAGCAAACUUCAACAUGUCAGCUUAUCGCUUUCAGAACUCUGUCUUAACGACUUCUUGGUAUGCGAGAAGGAUGCACAGCUUUUGGCGAGUGCCACAGACCUCACACGUCUUCGCCGUUUGGAACUCAAGAAUGUUUCAGAGUAUCACCAGGCCCAGCUAGAAGAAACGCUGCCUGGCUUUUUGGGCACAUUAGCACCUCUAUUGACGGGUCUUACCCAUUUGAAUCUAGAUUACAGAGAGACCAGAAGAGACAGCGUGCCAAUGGUGCUUGGAAGCUGCCCUAAUCUUCUCGAGCUUGAUUUGGUGAUCAGGAUGAAUGAGAUCAAAGCGCAGCAUGUUGACCUUGAAGAACUCUACAGUGACUAUGCGCUGAGGUUGCUGGAACAGACGAAACUCACCAAGCUUCUGGUUGAACUUCGUGAGGAGAACUCCUUCUGUGAUGUGGCCCAACCGACACCAACGGCAUUGAUCCACGGCAUUCAAAAGCUACGUCAGCUUCUUGCACUCAGACUCAAUCCCAGCGAUUCGAGUCAUGGGGUGGAGGAGUUCUUACUGCUUUUGCGGAGCCUCAACAGCCUUGAGAUUUUGGAUGUUUUUGGAACUCGAGCAGGUGGUGCACCACAUAUGGCACUUGGCGCCGUUCAUCCUAAUGUCUACGAUGAAUGGUUUAAGGUUCAGCACGUUGCUUUUUUGUAUGGUGAAACACAGAAACUGUUGCGUUACGUGAGGAUCAACAAGUGCAUUUUCGAGUACACUGGCACUGCAGAACCUCGGGAUGAGAUUGACCGUUGGUUCGAGGGGCGGGUCCGUGUGGGGGAUUGA